CCCGCCAGUGACUUUGCCGCCCUUGGUUCCCCCUCUGGGUCGCAGCCCACCCUCCCGUGAGCGGGGAUGACCCUGUCGGGCAGCCUGAGCGCCAGCGACAUGUCCGGCCAGACGGUGCUGACGGCCGAAGAUGUGGACAUCGAUGUGGUGGGCGAAGGCGACGAGGGCCUGGAGGAGCGCGAGGGCGGCGGGGGAAGCGGCGAGGCCGAGGGCGGCGGGAGCAGCCCGUCGUCUGGGCUGCAGGUCCAGCUGGCCCUGGACGAGGCGGCCGAGCUGCUGCUGGCCAAGGAGGCGUCGGCGGCCGAGGCCAGUUCGGGCAGCGGCAGCCCCGUCGAGGAGAAGGCGGCCGAAGAGGGCGGCCUGGCGGCGGGGGCGGCGGCAGCGGGCGGCGGCGGCGGGAAACCCAAGAGCAGCCUGGUGAAGCCGCCCUACUCGUACAUCGCGCUGAUCACCAUGGCCAUCCUGCAGAGCCCGCAGAAGAAGCUGACGCUGAGCGGCAUCUGCGAGUUCAUCAGCAACCGCUUCCCCUACUACCGGGAGAAGUUCCCCGCCUGGCAGAACUCCAUCCGCCACAACCUCUCGCUCAACGACUGCUUCGUCAAGAUCCCCCGCGAGCCGGGCAACCCAGGCAAGGGCAACUACUGGACGCUGGACCCGCAGUCCGAGGACAUGUUCGACAACGGCUCCUUCCUGCGGCGCAGGAAGCGCUUCAAGCGGCACCAGCAGGAGCAGCUCCGCGAGCAGACGGCCCUCAUGAUGCACAGCUUCGGCGCCUACAGCCUGGCUGCCGCCGCCGCCGCCUCCUCCGGGCCCUACGGGCGCGCCUACGGCCUGCCGCCCGGCGCCUACCCCCACCCCGCCGCCCUCCAGUACCCCUACAUCCCGCCCGUCGGGCCCAUGCUGCCGCCCGCCGUGCCGCUCCUGCCCUCCAGCGAGCUCAGCCGCAAAGCCUUCAACGCCCAGCUCAGCCCCAGCCUCCAGCUCCAGCUCAGCAGCCUCAGCGCCGCCGCCGCCGCCGCCGCAGCAGCCGCCUCCAGCGGGCCCGGAGCCGCCGCCGCCGUCAAAGCCGAGCCGCCCAGUCGGCCCUCCUUCAGCAUCGAGAACAUCAUCGGCGGCGCCGGCGGCGGCGGCGGGGGAGGAGGGGGCGGCGGCGGCGGGGGGGCCGGCGGGGUCAGCUCGGCGGGAUCGGCCGCAGCCCAGGCCUUCCUCCGCCCGCCCGUCACCGUCCAGUCCGGCCUGCUGGCCCACCAGCCCCUCUCGCUGGCCCGCAGCACGGCAGCCAUCGCGCCCAUCCUCAGCGUGCCCACGAACAUGAUCUCGGGACAGUUCUUGCAGCCCGCCGCCUCCGCCACGCCGGUGCAGGCCAAGUGGCCGGCGCAGUAGGGAGCCCAGCACGA